AUGCAUGCUACGGCUAUAAAUACCGGCUCACGCUGCACUCCUAUAGCAUGUGUGCUCAGCGCUCACUCGUCUCUUCUUCUUGUUGUUCCUGUCAUCGAUCACUCGAGCACAGUACUUAGCAAGUUAGCGUCGAUCACUGAGCCAAUUAAGAUGGGUGCUGUCAAGAACCUUGUGAAGCUCUUGAUCCUCGUCGAGGUGGCCGUGGCCCUGGCGGGGCCCGGCGUCGCCGCGCUCAGCAUGGACUACUACGGCAUGAACUGCCCGUUCGCCGAGUACAUCGUCCGGAGCGUCGUGAGUGAGGCCGUCAUGGGCGACCCCACCCUCGCCGCCGGCCUCCUUCGGCUCCACUUCCAUGACUGCUUCGUCCAGGGAUGCGACGCGUCCGUGCUUCUGGACGCGGCGCCGGGCAGCAAGGCGGAGAAGGACGCGCUGGCGAACAAGAGCCUGCGCGGGUUCGAGGUGAUCGACAAGAUCAAGGACACCCUCGAGGCUCAGUGCCCCGGCGUCGUCACCUGCGCCGACAUCCUCGCGCUGGCCGCCAGGGACGCCGUGCUCAUGGUCGGCGGCCCCUACUACGACGUGCCCCAGGGCCGGCGCGACGGGAGACGCUCCGUCGACACCGACACGCUGACCGCGCUCCCGUCGCCGUUCCUCAACGCCUCGGCGCUCAUCACCCUCUUCGGCACCCACGGCUUCAACGUGCAGGACAUGGUGGCGCUCUCCGGCGGGCACACCCUGGGCGUGGCGCACUGCCCGUCGUUCACGCCCCGCCUCAAGUUCGAGGCGUCCACGCUGGACGCCGGGUUCGCGUCGUCGCUGGCGGCCACGUGCAGCAAGGGCGGGGACUCGGCGUCGGCGACGUUCGACCGGACGAGCACGGCCUUCGACGGCGUCUACUUCAAGGAGCUGCAGCAGCGGAGGGGCCUGCUGAGCUCGGACCAGACGCUGUACGAGUCGCCGGAGACGCAGCGGCUGGUGAACAUGUUCGCCAUGAACCAGGGCUACUUCUUCUACGCGUUCGCGCAGGGGAUGGGGAAGAUGGGGCAGAUCGACCUCAAGGAGGGUGACCGCGGCGAGGUCAGGAAAUCAUGCAGGGUCGUCAACAAGCCCAGCUGGUAA